AUGGGCAUGGAGGCACCUUUGUUUACUGAUGCAAAGGGUGACACCAUCAAGGACGUCUACGAACUUCCCAAUGGAUGCCUUUGCUGUUCUGCCAAGGAUGGCCUCAUUGGGAUGUUGGAUGUCUUGUUGGAGCAGAAGGACCGCUUUGACCACGUUUUAGUCGAGGCGACUGGAAUUGCGGAUCCAGAAGCCGUCUGUGAGGUGUUUUGGGUCGAUGAAGGGCUUGGAAGCAGAGUCUAUCUCGAUGGUGUCCUUUCCCUGGUGGAUUCAUACAACAUGUUGUCGUACCUGGGCAAGAGGAAGGCUGACGAGGACUCAAAGACGACCAGUCUUGGAUUGGAGGCUGAAGCACUGAAGCAGGUUGCAUGUGCAGAUGUGCUCAUCCUCAACAAAGUAGACCUUGUGUCAGAGACCGAGCGGACGCGAGCAGCGGCCACCCUCAGAGACAUCAACCCGACUGCGAGGCUCCUUGAAAGCCGUUUUGCUGAAGUGCCUCUGGGAGACAUCCUUGGGCUGCAGGCCUUUGAUAAAGACCGCCUUGCAGCAUCUGUACUUUCGCUUCCAGCCUUUGAGGAAGAAUCUGGGCAUGGGCAUGAUGGUCAUCUCCAUGAUGGCCAUAGCCAUGGUUAUUGCGAUUGCGAGGUUGGGAAACUCACUGGCGCCCAUGGAAUCGAAAGUGUGCUACUGCACGGGGAGGAUGAUGCAUUGUACGAUCCAGACAAGGUUCGCUCCUGGCUUGCUGACGUCCUGUGGGAGGGAACGGCUGGGUUCGUGUAUCGCUGCAAAGGCCUCUUCAGGGGACCACCAGAUGAUGGAGAGGAUGCGAAAAAGAGAACUGUAUCGCAUGCCGUACAGGGCGUGGGAAAGAUCUUUGAAAUUGAAGAGGCCAGCACGGCCAUGACAACGAAGAGCAAAAUGCUUUUCAUUGGUCGGGGCUUAAAGCGAGAUGUUGCGGCCUUAUUGCUGGCUAGGACGGCUAGGACUUCCCCUAAAGCUGUCAGCGGUUGGAUGGGAAACACUGGCCUGGAACCACUAAAAAGCCAACUCUGAGCUGCCCUGAGCCAACUCUUUUCUUAGUCAAGCACUUCUUCUCUUGACCCAGCGUUUCACCACUUUCAGCAACGACACGUUGCAUCCCUGCAAAGCACGGUUGGCGCUAGUCUCCGACCGUUUUUUCUUAAAUGUUUAUUGAAAACUCAAGCUCUCGGUGCAGUCUCCUGCACUUUUGACAUUUUUUAGCAAAAUCGAGCUCGCCCUACAGUCUGGCGCAAUUUUUUCAGGCAGGUUUCCCGAACCCAGGCCGGCAAGCGCUAAAACAGGCGAUCGCUGGAGCCACCAAAAUCUGC